UUUUCCUCUCUCUCUCUCUUCACAUUAUAAACCUCUCUCCAUUUCACACUCCUCCACUCACAAACCCAUCACCAUCACUGUCCACCAUUUCCCUUUCUUUCCUUCUUCUUCCCAUGGAGAUCCAACAACAACUGUUGAAGUUCAGGUACCACAUCGGAGUGGCACUCCUCGUGUCCCUCUCGGUCUUCUCCGUGCUCCACUUCGCUCCGAGGUUCCUCAACAUCCUCGCCUAUUUCUGGCCACUGUUUCUCUCCACUGCGCUUUUUCUCGCCCUCGUUCUCUUCUUCGCCAAGACGCAAACUUCGCUCAACUCCGACGCUUCUCUUCCCAAACCCGCCGAGGAGCUCCUCGACUUCGUCGCCGGCCACCACCACGACCCGCCGCUCGACGCCCACAAGUCCGAUUAGAAGCCCCAAUCUGAGAGAGAGAGAGAGAGUGUCUGUCGACUAUGUGAUUAAUUGUGAAGAGAAGAUGGUGUUAGCAUAGCAUAGGCCAGGGUAGAUCACAGAUAUCAUAUGACUGAGGAUGCUGCUCAACUAUAGAUGAUAAAGGGAUUAAAAGACCAUAUUAGCAUAUCACAGCCAUCACAGUUGUGUUGUGGACUUUUUUACCUUUCUUUAUAAUGGCUAUAAAUGCUGCUCAACCAUGAAUGGUAAUAGUACAUAUUUUUCUCUCGUAUUCUCCUACCUGUAGGGUUGUUUUAACUUCAAUCUAAUAAAUUGGUAGGUUUGGAUUUACUCAAAUUGAGCUAUACCACCUUCAUUUUUGUGGUCCUUCCCUUGUAAUCGCUGUAAAUGCUGCUCAACCAUGAACAAUCGCAUACAUUUUUUCUA